AUGCCUGUAGAGGCGGGCGACUCAUCUCCGCACGUCGGGCAAAAACGACGCGCAGAUGACGAUUUGAGGAACGAGCAGCGCCUCGCGAAGAGGUUCGAUCUACUCAAUCUAGAACAGAAUGGCAAGCUCUACGUGCCCAUUCACGCCCCACUCCCUACACCACCAGCGGCUUCCUACUCCCCCUCGGAAUCUAUGCUUGUCGACGAUACUCCAAACCGUAUUUUCAUACACAAUCUCGACGAAGAGCUCCGAGAGAUCGAAGAAGAAAAGGACAAGCUGAUAUUCCUGCCUGACAUUGAGAAAAAGCUGGGCAAGAUUCCGAAAAGUACUCUUGUGAAUGGUGUGCAUCCAUCCGCUAUGGGCAAGCAGAUGGUGCUUUAUGAAGUUCCGGAAAGUCUUACGGUUCCGAAAGAGAACGAUAGUGUCAGGAAGGCUAUCAUCGAGAGCAGAGCUCGGGCAAGUGAGGAGACGGCAAAGAAGGCCAAAGAACCAACAAAUGUAGGAGUCCCUAAGCUGGCCGUGAAUGGAGCUCGUGUGCAGAGACAAGGAGCAAACAAUCUCAAUCGUAGAAACUACGAUCAAAUAACAUAUCGAGAAGACGAUGAAGACGCCAUGGACAUUGAAUAA